UGCCAUGUGAUGGACUGGCGACCUGUCCAGGUUGUAUCCCGCCUCUCGCCCGUUGAAAGCUGGAGAUAGGCAUCAGUACCUCUCGCUGGAUGUAUAUCUUGGUACAUAAUUCAUUAGUACUUAUUCAUUAUACACUGAAUAUUUAUUUUUAUUAUUAUGGCAUAAAGCUAAUGUAAAAAUCAAUCAUCAAAAAUAUAUAUAUUACGCAGAGAAUAAUAAAAACCUUUUUUUCUUUUUUAACACAAAUGUUCUAACAGCAUGCACCAAUCAGAACUCAUUUUGCCCUUUUCAAAGAGAGUAGUCAUUUAUUCAUUUAGUAUUUCUUCAUUUGCUAAAAUCAAGCAUAUGUAUGGAAAAAUUAGCGUAAGGAAAUGAGGUGGUGGAAGAUGCACAACCAAUGAAACUAACAAGCGAAAAUGCACAUACAAUAUUUUUUGGAAGAUUUACAAGACAAACAGAAACAUUCUUUAAUAGUCAGUAAGCACAGUCAUAUUCAUAAAAAAGGGCGACAGCUAUUGCUUUCAUUUCAUUAAGGUACUUCUGAAACGAGGUGUCAUCAGAGUCAUGUGACCUAAAAACUAACACUAGUGGAUCAACACUAACAUCCACUGAUGUGUUCUAGGCUUUAAGGUCAAGAGGAAUAUAAAAAGGCACCAGAACUAAUCAUGCAUGUCGGCUAAAGUUUGCUACUGAAGCUCCUUUGAUAUCCAAUGAAACAGACUAAUUGUUAAAUUCUGUGACAAAAGAAAACUAAACCAAAGAAACCUGAUUUUAUCAAUACAUCCUAAAACAAUUGAAAGAUUUCAGCUAUAAUCUAAGCCAAACAUUAGGAAUAAAAAAACAUUUCAAAAUCCCUCAGUACCCAUUGAAAAAGAGAGAAAGAGAGAGUGAUUAUUCGAUUGAGGGACAUGUCUGGUGUGAGCCCCGUGUGAAGGUGAGUGUGAUGUGUGUGACGUCCAACAUAGCAGCUUACAGACAUCCUCUUUCUACUUUUAGAUCUUCCAGGAAUGAUGGCACAUAACGUUAUGCUUGACUGAUCUUCGAGACCAUUUGCUGAACUUGACCAAAGUCCCAUCAGUCUACAAACAAAACUACUGUAACAUAAAGCCCAGCUCGACUCAACGCAGAAGAGGUGCUGCAAGCAAGUAACACAGGCUGCAGUUGAUCAUGUUGCUACAGACAAGAGGCAUCCACAGCAAGUCUGGGUGCUGUAUACCACAUUAGAUCAAGAAGGGAUCAUCCAUUUAUUCCUGCCUUAUGUUAAAGGGUCAUAGAAAAGGCUUUAAAAUAAUUCAGGAUUAUGUAUAAAAUAAGCUUUCUCAGAAAAGUGCAACCUCUGGUUAGACUUUCACUUCUUCCAAACUCAGACAGGCUUUCUACAUUAAAUAGCAGGGUAAUGCUCCUUAAACGUUUUGCAUCUUCAAUCUUCUUUAAAGAAAAUGCCAAAGAAGUGAGAUAUUUGCAUUGUCUGCCUUUUGAUUCAUCUAAUAAUAAGUUAUUUAAAGGUGAACCUCCAGCUGGGAUUUCUGCUGUUCUUGCACUGAAUCAUCACCCUGGCCAAUCCUUCAAUGUACCGUCCAGAUACGUUAACAUUUACCCUAAGAGGAGGAAUCUCAGUGUGUUUGCUGGAAAUGCCAGUUUUAUUGUUACAGUUCCUGAGUAUCAUAACCAAUCACAAAGGCGCACACUCAAUCAAUGGUCAGAAGCAGAUCAAAAUGAACAGGGAAGCAGUUGCAAAGUGCCGUCUUUGAAAUGCAAAGAGAAAUCAGAGACUGUUACCUCCAUCAAUGAAAAGUCUGGACUGCAGUUAUUUCACAUCAGCUCUUUGACCACAGCCUUUGGAGAGAGUUACAGUUAUGUUGCGAAGCAUAUCAACUCUGUGUUCUCUCAGAGUUACACUCGUAGCAAGCAGGAAAUCUUUCAAGGCUUAUCCACCAUUAGAGGAGCAAACAGAAGGGUAAGGAGAAAAAAACAAACACAUUCUGAUGCAAUCUCUGAAGUCAAGCUUAAUGAUGAAAGGAUAGCAGUAGGGCAUGACAACGUUUUCAACAGCUGGGAGGAAGCAUAUCAUCAAAUUGCAAGACACAUUAACAAAUAUUUUAUGGCUAAAUCUGCAGAUGAAGCUUACAGUAAAAAAGAACUUCUAGAAGAAAAGAACAAAUCAAAAAAGAAAUAUGUCUUCCCAGAAUCUACUUCAGAAACUGGCAGUGGUAUCAUAUAA